UCCUGGUUCGCCGAGAUUUAGUCCCUGUGGAGUUUCCCUUCCACCCCGCCGCCGUUUCCUCGGUCCUCGGCCCGGUGGAAGUCACUGCCCUCGAGGAGCAGGCAGUGGCAGCCGCCCUCACCCUCGGGCCGGGCUGGGUCGAGCUGCGAUGCCCUCAGACUUCAUCUCAUUGCUCAGCGCGGACCUAGACCUGGAAUCGCCCAAGUCCCUGUACUCGCGAGAUUCUCUGAAGUUACACCCAUCACAGAAUUUUCAUAGAGCUGGACUAUUGGAAGAAUCUGUCUAUGAUCUUCUCCCAAAGGAGUUACAGUUACCUCCAUCUAGAGAAACAUCUGUAGCAUCAAUGAGUCAGACAAGUGGUGGUGAGGCAGGCUCGCCUCCUCCAGCCGUAGUUGCUGCUGAUGCUUCUUCAGCUCCCUCCUCUUCCUCCAUGGGCGGUGCUUGCAGCUCCUUUACCACCUCUUCCAGCCCUACCAUUUAUUCUACCUCAGUCACCGACAGCAAGGCUAUGCAAGUGGAGAGCUGCUCCUCAGCCUUGGGGGUAAGUAACAGAGGGGUAAGUGAAAAGCAGUUAACCAGUAACACAGUUCAGCAGCAUCCAUCAACACCGAAGAGGCACACAGUCUUGUACAUCUCACCACCACCUGAGGACUUGCUGGAUAACAGUCGGAUGUCCUGCCAGGAUGAGGGGUGUGGAUUGGAAUCUGAGCAGAGCUGCAGUAUGUGGAUGGAGGAUUCCCCCUCCAACUUCAGUAACAUGAGCACCAGUUCCUACAAUGAUAACACUGAGGUACCUCGUAAAUCACGAAAACGAAAUCCAAAGCAGAGGCCUGGGGUCAAACGACGAGAUUGUGAAGAAUCUAAUAUGGAUAUAUUUGAUGCCGACAGUGCCAAAGCACCUCACUAUGUGCUUUCUCAGCUUACCACGGACAGCAAAGGCAACUCAAAAGCAGGAAAUGGAACAUUGGAAAACCAAAAAGGAUCUGGAGUAAAGAAGAGCCCUAUGUUGUGUGGACAGUAUCCUGUUAAAAGUGAGGGAAAGGAGCUCAAGAUAGUUGUACAACCUGAGACCCAGCAUCGAGCUCGGUACCUGACUGAGGGUAGCCGUGGCUCAGUAAAGGACAGAACACAGCAAGGCUUUCCUACAGUAAAGCUGGAAGGCCAUAAUGAGCCAGUAGUGUUGCAAGUGUUUGUGGGUAAUGACUCUGGUCGAGUGAAACCACAUGGAUUUUAUCAGGCCUGUAGGGUAACUGGACGAAAUACAACUCCCUGCAAAGAAGUGGACAUUGAAGGCACUACUGUUAUAGAAGUUGGCCUUGAUCCGAGCAACAACAUGACACUAGCGGUGGACUGUGUAGGGAUAUUGAAACUGAGGAAUGCUGAUGUUGAAGCCAGAAUAGGAAUUGCUGGUUCCAAGAAAAAAAGCACUCGUGCCAGAUUGGUUUUUCGAGUAAAUAUCACAAGGAAAGAUGGCUCCACUUUGACAUUGCAAACACCCUCUUCUCCAAUUUUAUGCACUCAGCCAGCAGGAGUGCCAGAAAUCUUGAAGAAAAGCUUGCAUAGCUGUUCAGUGAAAGGAGAGGAAGAAGUAUUUUUAAUUGGCAAGAACUUUCUGAAAGGAACUAAAGUGAUUUUCCACGAAAAUGUUUCUGAUGAAAAUUCUUGGAAGUCAGAAGCUGAAAUCGACAUGGAAUUAUUUCAUCAGAAUCAUCUUAUUGUGAAGGUCCCCCCAUAUCAUGAUCAACAUAUAACUUUGCCAGUAUCAGUGGGAAUAUAUGUAGUGACCAAUGCCGGAAGAUCUCAUGAUAUUCAGCCAUUCACUUACACUCCAGACCCAGCAGCAGCUGGUGCUUUGAAUGUAAAUGUGAAGAAGGAAAUAUCUAGUCCAGCAAGACCUUGCUCUUUUGAAGAGGCCAUGAAAGCAAUGAAAACUACUGGAUGUAACUUAGAUAAAGUAAAUAUUCUUCCUAAUGCUCUGAUCACUCCACUCAUAUCAAGCAGUAUGAUUAAGAGUGAAGAUGUUACUCCGAUGGAAGUAACAGCAGAAAAAAGAUCUUCCCCUAUUUUUAAGACUACAAAGACAGUUGGAUCAACUCAACAAACACUAGAAAGUAUGUCUAACAUAGCAGGAAAUGGAUCUUUUUCAUCAUCAUCAUCUUCUCACUUACCUUCUGAAAAUGAAAAGCAGCAGCAGAUUCAGCCCAAGGCAUACAACCCAGAGACCCUGACAACUAUCCAAACACAGGACAUUUCACAACCUGGUACCUUUACAGCAGUUUCUGCGUCUAGUCAGCUGCCCAAUAGUGAUGCACUACUGCAGCCAGCUACACAGUUUCAGACAAGAGAAACUCAAUCUAGAGAAGUGUUACAGUCAGAUGGUACAGUGGUUAAUUUGUCACACCUGACUGAGGCGUCACAGCAACAGCAGCAGUCACCACUACAAGAACAAGCACAGACUUUACAGCAGCAGAUGUCAUCAAAUAUUUUCCCAUCACCAAAUAGUGUGAGUCAGCUACAGAAUACGAUUCAGCAGUUGCAAGCAGGAAGCUUCACAGGCAGUGCCGCUAGUGGCAGCGGUGGAAAUGUUGACUUGGUCCAACAAGUUUUAGAGGCACAACAACAGUUAUCUUCAGUUUUAUUUUCUGCUCCAGAUGGUAAUGAGAAUGUUCAAGAACAGCUUAGUGCAGACAUUUUUCAACAAGUCAGUCAAAUUCAAAAUAGUGUAAACCCUGGAAUGUUCUCCUCAACAGAGCCAGCAGUCCAUACCAGAGCAGAUAAUCUAAUAGCUGGAAGAGCUGAAGGUGUUCAUCCACAGACCGAAAGCACAUUAUCUAAGCAGCAACAGCAACAACAGCAACAGCAAGUGAUGGAAUCAUCAGCUGCAAUGGUGAUGGAGAUGCAGCAAAGUAUCUGCCAGGCAGCUGCCCAGAUUCAGUCUGAGUUAUUUCCUUCAACUGCUUCAGCAAACGGAAACCUUCAGCAGUCUCCAGUUUACCAGCAGACUUCUCAUAUGAUGAGUGCAUUAUCUGCCAGUGAGGACAUACAAAUGCAAUGUGAAUUGUUUUCUUCUCCUUCUGCAGUUUCUGGAAACGAAACUACUACAACCACCACACAACAGGUUGCAACUCCUGGCACUACCAUGUUUCAGACAUCAAGUUCAGGAGAUGGAGAAGAAACUGGAGCACAAGCAAAACAGAUGCAGAACAGUGUCUUUCAGACCAUGGUCCAAAUGCAGCACAGUGGGGACAGUCAACCUCAAGUUAACCUUUUUUCAUCUACAAAAAGUAUGAUGAGUGUUCAAAGUAGUGGUACCCAGCAACAAGGUAAUGGUUUAUUCCAGCAAGGUAAUGAAAUGAUAUCACUCCAAUCUGGGAAUUUUUUGCAGCAGUCUUCUCAUUCACAGGCUCAACUUUUUCAUCCUCAAAAUCCUAUCGCUGAUGCUCAGAACCUUUCCCAGGAAACUCAAGGGUCUAUUUUUCAUAGUCCAAGUCCUAUUGUCCACAGCCAGACUUCUACGACCUCUGCUGAACAAAUGCAGUCUCCAAUGUUUCACUCUCAGAGUACCAUGGCUGUGCUCCAGGGCUCUUCUGUUCCUCAAGACCAACAGUCAGCCAACAUAUUUCUUUCCCAGAGUCCAAUGAAUAAUCUUCAAACUAACACAGUCACCCAAGAAGAACAGAUUUCGUUUUUUGCAGCUCAGAACUCAAUUUCUACACUUCAGCCAACAUCAAACACUGAGCAGCAAGCUGCUUUCCAACAGCAGCCUCCAAUAUCACACAUCCAGGCCCCUAUGCUUCCCCAAGAACAGGCACAACCCUCCCAACAAGGUCUAUUUCAGCCUCAGGUGUCCCUGGGCUCCCUCCCUCCUAAUCCAAUGCCUCAAACCCAACAAGGAACAAUCUUCCAGUCACAGCACUCAAUAGUUGCCAUCCAGAGUAACUCUCCAUCCCAGGAGCAGCAGCAGCAGCAGCAGCAGCAACAGCAGCAGCAGCAGCAGCAGCAGCAACAGCAGCAGAGCAUCUUAUUCAGUAAUCAGAAUACCAUGGCGACAAUGGCAUCUCAGAAACCACCACCACCAAACAUGAUAUUCAACCCCAGUCAAAAUCCAAUGGCCAAUCAGGAGCAACAGAACCAGUCAAUUUUUCACCAACAAAAUAAUUUGGCCCCAAUGAAUCAAGAGCAGCAGCCCAUGCAAUUUCAGAACCAGCCCACAGUUUCUUCACUUCAGAACCCAGGUCCUACCCAGUCUGAAUCAUCACAGACUUCCUUGUUCCAUAGCUCUCCUCAGAUUCAGUUGGUCCAAGGGUCACCCAAUUCUCAAGAGCAGCAAGUAACUCUCUUCCUCUCUCCAGCAUCCAUGUCUGCAUUGCAGACCAGUAUAAACCAACAAGACAUGCAACAGUCUCCUCUUUAUUCUCCUCAGAGCAGCAUGCCAGGAAUCCAGGGAGCCACAUCGUCACCUCAGCCACAGGCUGCUUUAUUUCACAACACUACAGGAGGCACAAUGAACCAACUACAGAAUUCUCCUGGCUCAUCUCAACAGACUUCAGGAAUGUUCUUAUUUGGCAUUCAAAAUAACUGUAAUCAGCUUCUAACUUCUGGACCAGCUGCAUUGCCAGAUCAGUUGAUGGCCAUAAGUCAGCCAGGCCAACCACAAAAUGAAGGCCAGCCACCUGUGACAACACUUCUUUCUCAGCAAAUGCCAGAGAAUUCUCCACUGGCAUCUUCUAUAAACACCAACCAGAACAUUGAAAAGAUCGAUUUGCUUGUUUCAUUGCAAAACCAAGGGAACAACUUGACUGGAUCCUUUUAACUGGAUAUAAAUUCCGUGAAGAAAAUCCGGAUUCCAGGAUGUCCUGAGAUCUUGUGAUUCCAUGAGGAUUACUGAACUGUUACUUUAAAAACAAAACAAAAUAGGAAAAACUGUGAUUGAGUAAAUGGAUAGAUUUUACUCUGACUGCAAAAGAGCACACCCAUGCUGCCUGUUGCAGUGAUUGCCACCAUUGUUAACAUCUUUAUAUUUUAUAUUCCUAAUAUCAGUGAUGACUGAGAAUCUAUCUGAGUUUCCAGAUGACAGAAUUAAUUGUUGCUAUUUUCCUAGGCACUAUUUCUUUAAAAGUACAGUUUAAUUUUAAAAGCUGGACUGCUCAGUUGUUAUUGCUAUUAGAGAAUAAUCCAUAUUGUCAUGUUUACUUUUGUUCAUCAUUAUUUUCUUUCUUGCAUUGUUUUAGUCAAGUAACAGCUUUUGAAAAAGGAAAAUUCAAAUAAUACCUAAGGCUGUGAUUUUUCAAUAUAAAAAGCACAGCUAUUGCCCAAAGUGAAUCUUUUUUCAGUUUUUAGAGAGAAAAACUGAAGGGGUGACAUUCUGACAAGGAAGCUGUACUAAGAGCUCUACACAGAUAAGAGGCCUCUUUAUCACAAAGGCAGACAAUAUACAAACUGGAAAUAGCUGGAAUGCUGUUGAUUUUAUUUUUCAGAGAGUCGUUAAUUCUCUGAGUUUCUGUUAAGGGGUUUAGCCAUAACUGUGCAUAGAAAAAUAAUUAUCUUGCUCUGUAAGAAAUGAAGGGGAUAAUAUAUGGUAAAUUAUGUUCUGAUAUCCUUUAGUAGUUUAAACUGACACAGUAAUUUGAGUCUGUUUUCUUCUUAACCCAGUCUUGGGCCAGUGUUCCUUUUUAUAUUCAUCUAUAUUAUUCUUCCCCUCUCUUUUCACUUUAUUUUAGACAAUUGGUAAUAUGCUCCUAGCUUUGGGACCCUGUAGCAACUUAAAGGAAAAGGCCACUUUGAUCUGGGGUAACCCAACAACUCCUGCAGCACAGGUUGGGGAUACCCUUUCAGGAAUGAGGGGAGCUGAUUCCUGAGAAACAAAAGCAGUGCAUUUCCCCCCCCUCAUGAACGGUGCUGUCCUGAAGUCUUCAAAAUUUUCUCUCUAAUAGGAAACUGUAAAUUUUAAUUAAAAAAAAAAAGACAAAGUAAAAUUUCUUGAAACAUCACUUCUCCCUGAGCUGCAGUGAGUGUAAUUCACUUGUCACCUCAGUGCUUUACAGUUCGCAGUGAUCACUUAUCUGAUGGUUCCCACAAGCCUUAGGCUUUACAAGGUCAUGUCAUUGACUUAAAAUGAAGAAUUAACUUGUGUUACAUCUAUGGAGAGCAAAAUAACACACUCCAGAACUUGCAGUUGUAGCAUUAGUUAUACAGUUUUGGGUGUUCUCACCACCCAUGGGAUGCCUGCUUCUCACUACAACUUGUCUGGACACAUGCUUAUGUCUUAUUUUCCUUUUGGCAUGUAGAAAGCUACUAAUACAGUUUAAGGCCAAAUUAUGUGUGGCUUCUAUAUGUAGAUAAGAUAUUUCGGUAUUCUUGUCUGUUUCAUUUAUUUUUUAAAUGUACAAAAAAUAGCCUGUUAAUUGUUUGUUGAAGGCUACUUUUCUGUUUGUUUUUUAUUUUUAUUUUUUCUAUCCUAUACAUUUAGUUAAACUUCGUGGAAUUGUGGUGUCGGUUUUGUUUAUCUAGCCAGAUUUUUCCCCCUUUUUGUGAUGAUCUUCCUUGGUUCUUCGAAUGUGCCCUUCUUCUAACUUUUUUUCUCUGUGUUCUCGUAUAUUCUUUCCUCCACCCCCAACCUUUCUUUCUUUCUCUCUCUAAUUGAGAGGCAUUGAAUUACGUUUUCAGUAGUACAGGCUUCUUGCCGAUAUGAAGGGAACUUUUCAGAAAGAGACCUACUAUGGGUCAUUUAAUUUUGAAUACAGUUUUCAAUCGUUCAAGUUUUGGAUGGUUUAUAUCUAAUGUGUGUUUCAUUUUUUUGGAAAGCUAUAUUUUGUAUUUAGGAAAUGGUAUACUAUUUUGCUAUUUGUACUAAGUGAGUACAUUGGCAUAAAUAUAGAAAUUUAUAUAUAUACAUAUAUAUAAACUAUUCUUUUUUUGCCACACAUUUUUGUGGUAAAUUUGUGAGUUUGUCUGAUGUUCUACCACAACGUGGCGUCUGAUAACAGUGAGGGGGGGUUUGUUAUGUCUUUAUUGAGUAUUUAAGUAUCUUUUGAAACAAAUGACCUGUUCAUCUGUAGCCAUUCCAUCAGGCAGUUCUUUGAUGUUGUUAGUGGGCUAAAGGCAGCUUACUGUGUGUUUGCUGGAUCUUCACUCAGCGAAAUGUUAGAGUAAGGAAACCCAUCUAGGCAUUGUGUCAGAUGGUGUUUCACAAGAAUGAGCCAUUCAGUCUUUGCUCACUAUAUAUUUAAUAUUUUAUUAUUGUUGUUAUUGUUAUUAUUAAUUGGCUUUCUGUAUUCUAUGCCUUUUAUUUAUAAAGACACUAAAAAACCAUGUUUGUAAUUUUAAUAACAUUUUCCCCAUCUUGUAAUAUCCAGAGCUACUUUAUAAAUUCUCUGAACUGAAAGCAUUUUCUUCAAUGUAUCUCUUCUCUCCCCACCCCUAUUGUGAAAAAUUACCCAAUAUAGUUCAGGUUAUGAGAAAGACCAGUCACACAAUCUAAUGCUUCAGUUUUAAAAUGUAAAACUCUAACUGCUGAGGGGUGAUGAAUGUCAGAAAGCUUACCCAGCAGGUAUAAAAAUUAAGUAGACAUAAAAUACUAUAAGUUUAUUUCUGGGUUUUCUGAAUAUUUUUCUGAGUGAUCAUACGGGAGACUCAGGAAGUCUUGUUCACCAUGUUCUAAUUAGAAUGUUAAUUAGCAGUGGUGGCGGACUUCUGUUGUUUAUCAAAAGGUUUAUCAUUGCAAAAUGCUGAUUCCAAUGACAAGUCACCAGGGACCAAUUUUUCUGUUAUAUAAUAUCUAAGUUUAGAACAGAACAUACACCUGAACUGUAAUGGUUGAUUAGAUGGAGACAGAAAACCCAAUUUUUAUUUUCAUAAAUUUUGUGGUUAUUUAUACAAGGGCUUUGCUAUGCUACCAUAUUCUUAUUCAAUAAUGAUAUGUGUGUGUGUGUGUGUGUUUUUUUUAACAUUGUUAAAUGUUUCUUACCCCUAAAGGUCAAUGUCAAGUACAGCAUUCUGAAUAUACAAUUUGGUUACAAAAAGUAUUUGUCUUCUUAUUGAAGAGUUAGCUCAGUGGUCAGUGGUUGAUACUUGUGCUACUAAAUGCUGUUUCCAGAUUACCGUUACAAAUUUUAGCUACAUAUAAGAGAGACUCCCUGAGCCAGCAAAGGCCUCAGAAACAAUUUAUUAAAUUUAUUAAUGGCAGAAGAACCUAAAUACAUUGUGAACCACAUUUUAUUUCUUUAUAUUAUUACAUUCAAUUGUUCUUGCUUUUAGCAACUCACAUUAAUGCUUGGAGCUUAUCUCUGUGUCUGUGUGUGUGUUGUAUUCCUUAUUGUCAUUCCAUUAUAUAUCCAUACCAACGUGGGAGGAAAAAAAGUCAUAUUUUGCUUCUGAGUUAUAUCAUGUUACCUUCAUAAUUAUGGUAUCGUGAUGUUAUUUAGCCAAUACAAGUCUUUUUUCACCAGUCUCCAUAGAACAUAGGUUGUUACUGAAGCAGUAUUAAUGAAGGAACUUCCUUCUUUCCUCGCUUCCUCUUUUUUUGUAGUAUUGUAUAUCCUAUAGUUGGGAAUUUCAUUAUAGAACAUUUCUUGCCCAUCAGAACCUCAGUUAAUCUGCCUAGGAAAAACAGUGUCCACGGAAAUGAGUCCCUCUAGAACUAAGAUGAUAAUUCCUUUUCAUUAUUUAAGCCAUUAUAGAUUCUUGUUUUGGAAAAGUGAAAUCUAUUUAGAUGCAUCAGUAAUUAAAGAACAGAAUUAAAUGCUUUAAUAAUCAAAGUCUCAAAUUCAACAUGAUUUAUAAGUAUUCACUAAGAGUAAGUUGAGAAUUUUUUACUUUUCUGAUGAAAUUUUCUGUUCAAAUAUCUGUUUCCUAGUUGAUUUUUAAAAUUUACUGAAAAUGUAUACAUAAGACCUGAUAGCUUUACUCUGCUUCAUGACCACAGGCUUCAUCCCUAACCAAGACAGCCACGUUGCAUUCGCAUGUCUUUGGUUAUAUGGAGGGACUUAAUGAAAGAAAGAGACUAUAUAGUUCAGGAGCUUUAUUAGAAAAAUAACUCAGAGUAUAUACCCUAGUUAGUGGUUUAGUAGACUCUCAUAACAUGUAUAAAAAGAGGUUUUCUCCUCUGCUUAUUUGUAUCACUUAGAGCUAAACUGUGGAGAUAAUGUUCAUAAUGCAGUAACUUAUCAAAAUAAUACCUACAAUAUCAUUUGUGGAUUGUCCCAGGGCUCUAAUUAUUUCUUUAAUCCCCAUUUAUUUUCAUACCAUUCUAACCUCAUUUAUUAAUAAAAUUCUAUUUUUUACUCUACUUUCUCUUUCAGGAGAAUUUUUAAAUUCAUAUUUUAUAUCUAGAUUAAAAGCUUCAGGGAAAGUGCCUUUUUACUACAAUAGUGCCCUUUUUUGUAAUUUCAUUUUUCACUAUUGCCAAAAACACAUGAACAAAUGAUUCUAAUAGGUCCCAACUUUCAACUUUUCCAUUUAGUUGUUCCUUUCUCUUUUUCUUUCUUUUCUUUUUUUUUUUUUUCCUGAAGAUCUAAUUGGCAUUAUUAAGCAAUUCAUGAAUCAGGCAGCAUCCUAUCUAGCAAAUAGAAGGGUACAAGGGGUUGUAUAAAAUGGAAGAAUUUUAUAGAUCACCAUAGGAAACAAUAAGUUUCUAACUCCCUUUGGCAUAAGAUUACCAGAAUUGUUCUUUUAAGGGAGAAUAAGUAAAAGAUUACAGAAUUACACUGUUUAGUUUUCAAAUAAAUUAACGAAAUUUGUCUUCAUCUCAACCAACUAAUAAUAGGUCUUACUGAAAUGCUAAUGAAAAUUUUACUGUCUGUGAGACUCCAUGCACACAAAUGUGUGUAGUUUAAUUUCAACAAGUGUUUAAAGCAUCUUUUAUUAUCUUAAUUAGAUGAAUGAAAAUAAAUCACAAACACAUAAUUUAAGUAAAGUCUGGUAAUAUCAGUUUUUCUAAUCGACAGGGCCAAGUAAUUAAUAAUAGUGCACUUCUUGCCCAUCAUAACCUCAGUGAUCUACCCAUAUCUACCUAUGAAAAAUAGCAUCAAAAGAAAUGAAGAAGUUCUAUCUGAAUCCCUCCAGAACUAAGAUAAUUCCUUUCAACCAGAUCCGGUUGAGUUGAGCGUCCCUCUGGUUUUCGUUACUUCUGCCUGUUCCAGCUUCUUAACACUGCGACGGUACCUGAAGAAAGGGCCAUCAGCAACAGGCUAGGACAGUAGUAGUUUCCUCCUGUGUGAGUAUUUCCAUGCUUGUUUGUGGCACUGAAGACUGCAAACCUUUUUGCUAUAUUCAUCAUGCCCUAUUGAUAGUCUGCACUUUAAUCAUUCCAAAGAAGUCGAGAAUGCUGUAUAGUGAUGAUUCCUUCUUAUUGAAUGCAUCUUAACUAAGAAUAUUUACUUUGGAUAACAACUUGGUGUGAGUGUUAUGUGAAUAUUUUCUAAAAUGACUAUAGUAAGACUUAAGACUUUGAAAUGUUAUUGACUAUAAGGGGAAAUGAUUAUACUUCAGAAAAUCAUUUUAGAAAGAUUAGAAUGUUAAGCUUGCUAAUCUGUUUGACAGUUAAUUAAAACCAGCCCUCUUCCUAUAUAUUUUGUGUCAUGUACAUAGGAACAUUAUAGUAUAUUGUUUUCUACGUAUACAGUAUUUAUAAACCAGUGGUUCUCAAAAUAUGGUCCUCAGCCCACCAGCCAACCCCAGCAUCACCUGGGAACCAGUUAGAAAUGCACAUUCUUGCGCCCUAUCCCAGACAUACUGAAUCAGCAACUCUGGAGUAGGGCCCAGCGCUGUUUGAACAAGCCCUCCAGGUGAUUCUGAUGCACGCUGAAAGUUUGAGAGCCACUGGUGUAAACUAUUUACAGUAAGAUCUGGAAGAGUGUUCUUUACCCCACUGAUACAGAGUUAUACAUUGUUCUUUAUAUAAAUUCGGCUUAACCUGGUUAUCCAUAAUCCUUUAUUGGCAAUAAUAAUUUAUUCUCAGUACUACCUAUAGAAAUACAGUAUAUUGUAUGUAUAUACACAAUUAGUCUAGUUAUUGAUAAUUCAGUUAACUUAGUUUGGCAUUUUCCUACUUACUAAAAAGUUUACAAUAAGUGACCAAUUUAAAGAUACAGGUGCAAUGUUCUAUUUUUCUUUUGAUUGUUAUGACAUUUAAGUAGCUACUAUAAUUGAUAGGUGCUAAAUUCUCCUGUUUAUCCAUAAAAUGUGUACAUUAUGGGCAGUGAUAAUACAAGCUUUCUUUUUUUCAUUGCCUCUUACUUUACCAGCAGACCACAAUUUUGGUCUGGCUCGAUCUCCUCUCAGAACAAAAUUGUCAUUCCUGUAUUUAUAUUUGUAUCUGAGAUAUUAAACAAAAUGGCUGACUAGGUCAACAAAGCACCUUAUUUAAUUUUUUUAUAUAUAAAACUUCUUUAAAAGUCUCUUGCUCUGUAUGAGAACUGAUGCAGUAGAGAUAGAGCUAUCCUUUGAACUUAUGCUUCAGAUAAAAGUUAUUUACUAAAAUAUUAAGCAAGAAAAUGAAUUAUAUAAUUUGGGCAUUUCUCUCUUGUCAAUGUAUGCAUCAUGGUAAAUAUAAACUAACCACCAGUAGAUUUAUUCAUUCAUUUUAAUCUCUCUGUGUAAUUCAUUACCUCCAUAAUUGUUCUAAUCUUCCACUGUUUAGAAAUUGUUAAUUAACUCAUGAAAGAAAAAUGCACUCACUUCAAAAUAAAAACAAUUGUAUACUCUAUAAAAAUCACCACUGCUUAAUACUAGCAGUGGAAAUGUAAGUGACUUACUCUACAAACUUUGGUGCUGGCAAAAGUUUAGGCAAACUGUUGGGAGAUGCUUUAGCUACAUUCCUCCUUUCUUGUUCUCUUUCCUCUCCUCUUUCCUCUCUUCCUCACUUGAUUGCUUGAUUUAUUCCUGUACCCAAAGCAUUCUACCACAAUUCUAUUCGACUUCAACUUGUAGUUUCUCCUUUAAAAGCCCCAUGUUUAAGCCUCAGAUUGCUCCUGCUUUUUUUUUUUUUUCCAGAAGUAAUUUGCCUGGUUUGAAUAGUUCGUAGGGAUCACUUAUUGUUUUAGCUAAUGAACCUCAGGAUAACACACACACACACACACACACACACACACACACACACACAUCUCAGAUGUUUGAGAGUGGGUUUGGAAUCAGACUAAUGUGUACAGUAAAGAGCUGUCCCUCACUGAAGUAUUUAUGACUUUAGUGGCUGCAAACUUAUUCCAGUGACAUUGAGCUAAUUUCUUUUCAUCAAAUGAAUGUAUCUGCUCACUUUGUUCCCUUCUGUUGAUAAGCUCUAAGUAGUUGCUACUUUUUUUUGACAACUUUUACUUAGUCUUUCUAAUAAAUAUAUUACAAGUAUUUUGUUAACCUGUUCUCAAGUGGUUUAGCUACCAUUCUGCCAUUUAAAUUUUUUAAAUUUUAUUUUAUUUGCUUGAGCACACUGAUCAACCACUGAACUGCCUUCUUCCAUUGUCCUGCAACGACACAAGGGUUGCAUUUUUUGUGCAUAUGGCUUUCAUAGUCAGGGUUGCAGAGCACUGACAACCAGAUAUUUUCAGUUUGUUCUCUGGGGGAAUUUCAUUUGCAUCUAUGUUUUUAGCUAUCUGUGAUAACUUGUUAAAUAUUAAAAAGAUAUUUUGCUUCUAUUGGAACAUUUGUAUACUCGCAAGUAUAUUUCUGUAAACAGCUGCAGUCAAAAAUAAAAUAUGAAAGUUUUCAUUUUG